CACAGUCUUCGCCAGUCACACUCAUACACCGCCAGUGACCGAGCCUCACGUAUGCGCACCAAGCCUCUUCAUAAAGCCUCAACCCACACCUGCUUGGAUUAUUUUUACGUUCAUUUUUAAAUCUAUAUUUUUUUUUUAGUGAUUUGUGCCCCGAGUGUUGCGUGUGUUGGUGUUUUUGUGGAGGAGAGGCGGGGGUGUAGGUGUAGUGUGGGCGACCCUCACAUCACCAACACACAGCUGGAGCACCACAGCCACACCUUCCCUCGACCAAAGCUUAACUCAGUGUUUGGAACCUCCACACGUUAAGCUUUUCUCCUGACUGUCGAUGAACAAACACUCCCGGCUGUCAGAUUUACAUAUCACAUGGUAACCAAAAUGGCGUUAAAAUGAUACGGAGACCUGUACCGUCACCCCAGUUAGUGUGAUAGACCACUUCACCCCAGAGCCUUGACCUAAAGUGUGGAGGGAGGUGGUGGAGGCCUCUCAACAUGGCCUCAUCGGAGGUCAACAAAGAGGAAUUGUACGAGCUGGCGUGACCCAGUGUGACCCAAGACGCCCGUCAGCAUGCGUGGUGUGACCUGCCUCCAAGUGGUUAGGUCAUCCAGGGGUCAACCAUCAUGGCUGUCUUGUCCUCCUGUCUGUGUUGCAGCUUACUGCUGGGCACCAUCAUCGCUGGCGUCUUCACCACUAUGGUGUACCUCGCUGCCUUCAUCCUCUCUCUGUGGUGGAUCGUGGAGGCCGAGGCGUCAGGUAGUACGGAGGGCUCAGGAGGCAUGGUCAACGGGUCAACACCACCUAUCCCUGUACCGGCUUACCUCCUCUGCUUCGGCUACCUCAUCGUCACCGCCGCCUCCAUCUUCAUGCUCCUUGGUCUCUAUAAGAAGAGGGACCGGGCACUACUGCUGUGGGUAUUCGUCAUGACCCUCUUCUGCUUCCCUGAGAUGGGUAUGGUUGCCUUCAUGGCCUUCGUCCACUGGAAAAUUACGUCAACAUACGGACUGGUGGAUCUAAUCUUCUACGUGUUCCGGGCAGCGUUUAAUGUGGUGUCAGUGUUGUGUGUACAGUCGCAGUAUACCACUUGGCGGGACGACCUGGUCAACACCCACACCCUCAAGAGGCUCCAUCACCUACACCUGGGCUCCGUACAACAAGGUGGGGUGAACGGGGAGACGACACUGGCAUACCACAACCCAGCCUUCGUGUCCAGCCCUGAGACACCCACCGCCACUCUCACUACCUCCCCUACAUCUCUCAGCAGGUCAUACUCGCGGGCGUCGCAGUACAGUGUGAGAGAGAUGCCUAUCGUGAGGGAGACGCCCCUGGUGGUGGGUCAGCUGGCGCCCGUCAGGACAGGAGUGCCCGGGUGGGAUCCUUACGUCACCCGAGACUCCCAAUCAGAGUUUAAUGCCGCCAUGUUCUCCCCCGGCUCUUUGGGGUUCCUGCCGCUAGUCAGUGGUCCUGGCAGCAGGAGUGAGGCUGCCCUACACACAGGUCCAGCUGGCGGCCUCACAGUCUACCAUCACACUCCCCAGCUCUUCUACCCCUACCCCCUGGCGGACCAAUACUACUCCACACAGAGCCUCGACAGACGAAGGUUCGGCCGUGGGCGUGGUGUGAUGGUGGGUGAUGGUCUCAGCAUGAGAGCAGGUUUGCUGGCUGGCCCUGGCCUGGUCAGACCUCCUCAUGAGAGUCGCAGCUCCCUGGGGGCCGAGAGUGACGACCUCCGCAAGUACCGCGAUGUGGCUCUAUGAUGGUCCUGGCCAGUAAGUACAUGUUGGAAGUGUCAUGAUGUAGCUGCAGUGACCCUGACGAGUAAAUGGUUGCAGAAAAUGCUACAACAUGGCUCUCUGAUGCUCCCAUGCAGCAACUAAACGGAUGUUGGCAAUAUUCAAACAUGGUCCGUGACUCGCUUGGUGAUAAACAAGUGCAGGCAGUACCAGGGAGACUACUUCUGAUUCUCCUGGCAAGUACACAGCUGUUUCAAGUACAUGGGUGGUAGUGUGGGAAUAUUGCAAACUUUUGACGAGUUCGGAAAACAAAUUUCUGUGACAGCAGAUACACAAGGUGGACUGAACUAUAAAACUGUACACCAUGGAAGAUAUGUACAUACUGUAUAAUGAUACCUGUAUAAUAUGUGUGUGAUUUUGAUAUAAUAGAUAACGAAAGUAAUUAAUAUAGUUUUAAAUAGUGAGUGCAGUGAGUUGCAACUUCAUGACAUGAAAUAUCAAGGCUACAAGACUAGACAUUGUUCACUACUCGUGCAUCAAGACCGAAGCUGAGUAACAUUAUAUCAACAAUGUCUUGUCACAGAGUGUGUAGUGGUAAGACAGUAUAUGUCUAAGCUAGUUAAGGUUUGGUUUACCAAGAUAAAUAUUGUACAGUAUAGAUUGAAGUUUUGUACACAAGCACAGUAAAUCUUUCUAUAGAAACUUACAGCAAUAUGAUGAUUUAGUGCCCAAUUUAGUAUCACAUUGCUACGGUUCUCAUUGUAUAUCCUUUAUAUUGUAUUAUUUAAAUUUCUUAUUUUUAUACAAUGUAAAUAUUUUUUCCCAUACCAAAAAAUUAUCAACAGGUUGUGACGGCACACACUGUUACCACCUUAGGUCAGUGUUGCCACCUUGUUCUUCUUAUCUCUCUUGAGUUGCCGCUAUAGACCGCGGGAACAGUGUAAUGACUUCGAGGCCACCAACAUCAUAACUAAAACCAGUGUUAGUUCUACAGCCAAGCUACCUCUUGUUCGGUAGUGAUAGUCCCAUCUAGUAUUCAGGAUUCCCCCCUCCUUUCUUUUCUCCCUCCCUCCCCCCCUCGCGUUCCACGACACAUGGCAGCUUGACAGGCAUCCAUACAAUAGACUUUUUAGCUUCUUUAAAUCAAGCCCCGUAUUAUUUUCACCCUUUUUAAGUCAAGCAGGUUGAACUGGCCAACAGGUAAAGGGGCCAGCACCUCCAACACGGAAAACAAGUAGAGUACCGUGUAACUUUCACCCCCUUAACCUGACCAUCUCCCUAACUUUAAGACCAGAAGCUGUUGUACCUGUACCUCCACCUUCACUUUAAGAAACUCCUUAUAUUGUAGAACAGAUACAUUAUUAUUGUUGUUGUUAUUGUUUUUCUUGCCAUUAUUACCAUUACUGUUAUCAUUGUGAGAUUUUCUGGGCAUCUUAUAAAUGAAACUGAUUAUUUUAAGGGAUUAGUAACCAAAUAUAAUUAAUAGUAAGUUACUUUAGAUAAACUGUUGAUAGUAAUCUUGUGUCGUAAAAUAAAGAGGUUCCAAUAA